AUGAUGAAAUCUAAAUUUACAUUGCAAAGCUAUGUUAGAUCUUGUACUUUGAUUUCAAAUAAUUAAAAUCCAAUACGUUUAAUGCUAAAUCCAAAAACGAAGUUUAAUGACAUAAUGAAAUUGAUUUAGAUAGUUUGGAGAUAAAAUGUAUAGUAAUUAAGACUCUUUUUAAUUGAUGGAACAGAAAUUGAAGAGAAAGAUUUGAUAAAUAUACAAAAAGGAACUAACCUGUAUGCUCAAUUAAAGAAUGAUGAUAAUGAAUUAAGCAAUUUAAAGUCAGAAUAUGAUAUAAUAAAAAGAGUUGGAGAAGGUGGUUAAGGUAUAGUAUAUUUAGGAAAGCAUAAAGUAACACAAGAAUUAGUAGCAAUUAAGAAGAUAAGCUCUUCAAAAUAAUAAAAUUUAGAAUUAGAAAGACUGGAAUAAGAAUCAAUAAUCCUAAAAUAAUUAGAUCAUAAAAACAUAGUGAAAUUACAUGAAAAAGUAGUAUGUUCGAACUAAAAACAAGUUUUUAUGAUAAUGGAAUAUUUAUAAGGAGGAUCUCUAUUGACAUAAGCUAAUUGUAAUAUCAUAUUAAAAUUAUAGCUUAAUUAACUGAAAGUGAAGCUAAACAUUUCUGUAAAUAAGUAGUAGAAGCUAUUGCUUAUUGCCAUGAAAAAAAAAUAGUUCAUUGUGAUUUGAAGUUAGAAAACAUAAUGUUGUCAUCUCUUUUAUAAAAAGAAGUAAUUAUUUAUAAAUAUUUAAUUAGAUAAAAAUAAUUGAUUUUGGUGUUUCUAAUUAUGCUGGAUAACCUUUGAUUACUGAAAAUAUUGUUGGAACAUUAUCUUAUUUAGCUCCUGAAGUGUUAUCUUCUUCAUAUAAAUAAAUUUAUCCUCCUUAAGAUGUAUGGGCUAUUGGUUGUAUUAUAUAUGGUUUAGUCUUUGGUAAACUUCCAUUUGAUGGAAACAAUCCAUCAGAAACUUAUAGAAAUAUUCUUUCAUGUAAUUAUUAGAUACCUAAAAAAUCUGUAUCUAAAGAAUUAUUACAAUUAUUAAGUAGUAUAUUUGUAGUCAAUCCAAAAGAUAGAGCAAAUAUCUUUGAUAUUUAAUCUCAUAAUUGGUUUAAAGAAUAUGCAAAGAUAUUUAAAUUAAAUUUAAGUGGAUUCAAUGUUCGUAUUGGUAGAUCUUCAAGUGUUACUAAAAUGUAUUCAUCAAGAAAAUCAUAUGAUGAAGAUCAAGGAUUAAUUAUUAGCCAUAGAAAAAUUGUAUUUAGUAGAAGAUCUGUUACUAGACUAGAUAAAGUUUCAUAUGUUGCUAAAAUUAAAUGA